AUGCCCCCAGCCAUAAACCUUCACGACCCAAGCGUCUUCCCUUCCUUCUAUUCGCUACCGGAAGCAUUGGAAACAUCAGCGUCGGCGUCUCCAAACCUUGACGACCAUGUCGCCGCUGCCAAUAAGGGGUGGUAUAUGGUGGCGCAGGUGAAAGAGAACAUGACCAUCACGAAGCCGACGCUGAUCGUGACGGACCGGACGGGCAUGGACUUUGCCGUCAUCUUCGAGGACACCAGUAUGAACUUGAAGGGGAUGGGAUUGAAGAAGGGGAUGACGAUUGUGGUGCCUCGUGGGUUGAGGACGGUUACGGGGGAGGGAAGGAAGGCGAUUAUGAGGGUUGAGAGGGGGGCGGGUGGGGGUGUGAAGGCGAUACCCGGGAGUCUGGAAUUGGUCAUGGCCGUGGGCGAGGGCAUGGCAGACGAGAGCUUUGGGACAAAGUGCUGGGGAUGCAAGGAGGAAAAGGAGGCGCUUAAAAAGUGCACCGGUUGCGACACGGUGGUAUACUGCAGCAAGGAAUGUCAGGUUAGGUCGUGGGAAGCCGGUCACAAGAAGGGGUGCAGGGUCGUUAAGGCUGUCAAGGAGGUUUGGCCGGCAAUUUGUGCUUAG